AUGUAAUUUUAGUUGCAUUUGAUACUUUUUGUAAUGGUCUAUCUAAGUUAGUAAACUUGCAGAAGUGAGGGUUGUUGGUGGUGUACAAACUAUAAAGAUUGUUGUGAUAAUUGUAAAUGUUGGAAAUCAUAAAAAUAUUAAAAAACAAUAGAUACAUUUGGAUGUGAUAAAAACAAAUGUGAUGAUUAUGAUAACGGCAAAUGUGAUAAAUGUGUUGAUGGUUAUUAUUUGAAAAAUUAUGUUUGUUAUCUUUGUACUUAUCCAUGCAUAGAAUGUUCAAGUUAUAGCUGCAAAAAAUGUGCUUAAGGAUAUAACUUAAGCAAUGGUAAAUGUAUUUCAUGUUCAAUGCCUUUGUGUAAAAGUUGUGCAAUGAAUUCUAAUUAAUGUUAAUAUUGUGUCGAUGAUGCUUAUUUUUUAGAUAGUUCUAAAACAGCUUGUAAAUGUAACGAUACAUAUUUUUCAGAUGGGAAACAAUGCAAAUAAUGUAAUUAAAUAUGUUUAGCCUGUGUUUCUUCAUUUGAUGUUUGUAGUUCUUGCAAAAAUCUGGCGAAUAUGUCAUAAUCUCCAAUUAAUGGAAAAUGUAGAUGUAAUGAUGGUUACUAUUGGAAUUCGAAUUCUUGUUAAUAAUGCAUAGCUCCUUGUGCAACAUGUGAAGAUUAAGCCAUAUCGUGUACAACUUGUAAUAAUUAAACUUUAAUUGUUAAUGAUGAUAAUAAAUGCAUUUGUAAGGAAGGGUAUUUAAGUUCCCCAAAUAACCCUUAUUAAUGCGAAUUAUGUUAGAUUAAUUGUUUUACAUGUGAAGAUUUUAAUAACAAAUGUACUUCAUGUUAUGAAAAUUAUUUAUUAAAUGAUGAUACAAAUACUUGUUUUUGUCCGGAAGGAUUUUAUGAAGUAGAUAAUACCUGUAAUGAAUGUCCUAAAUUAUGUUCAAAGUGUUUGUCAGAUAAAAUUUGCAUAGAAUGUAUUGAAAAUAUGUUAGUUAUAAAACAAAAUUAAGUAUGCAAAUGUAGCGAUGGAUAUUUUUUUGAUAAAAUUGAAUCACAAUGUUAAUAAUGUGAUUCUAUAUGUAAUACAUGUUCAAAUAAAUAAACAUGUGAUUCUUGCCAUUAAGAAAUGAAUAGAACUUUAGAUAAUGGAAAAUGUAUUUGUUAGAAAAAUUAUUUUUUAAAUGAAAAUUAACUAUGCAUAUCUUGUCAAUCUAAAGAAGCUAUUACUGUUGAAUUUUGUAAAUAUAAAGAUUGUAAUGAUGGAAUAUGGUCUUAUGGAGAAGAAUGUGAUGAUGCAAAUUAUUCUUCUAGAGAUGGUUGUUUUAAUUGUUCUAUAGAACCUUUUUAUUAUUGUAUUAAUAAAUUACUUUAACCAUCAAUUUGUCAAAAGUGUCAAGAAAAUUGUGCUGUUUGUGAAUAUGAUUAAAAUUAAUAAAAUUCUAAGUGUAAAUAAGCCAUUGAUGGAUAUUAUAUAGAAAAUUCUACUCGAAUAAAUAAAUGCUUAGAUAAAUGUUUACAUUGCAAAUUUACUUCUAGUUAAUGUACUAAAUGCAGAUUUCUUAAUAUUAGUAAAUCUGAUAUCAAUUGUUAAUUAUGUGAAUACAAAUAAGGAUAUUAUUCAGAUUAUGAAAAUAAUUUAUGUUAUUCUAAAUGUGGUGAUGCAAUAUUGGCUGAUAUUGAAUAAUGUGAUGAUGGAAAUCAAAUAAAUGGAGAUGGUUGUAGCAAUCGCUGUAUUUUAGAAAAGAAUUUUGAUUGUGUUAAUGGAAUUUGUAGUAAAACCAAGAAUCCUAUUCCAUCAGCUUAAGAAAAUUCAAUUUAUGAUUUGUACACAAAAAAAAGACAAGUUUUGAUAACGUAUGAUCAAGAGUUGAAUUUCACCUAAUAAUUUGAACUUAAUGACGAACUAUAAAUCUAAAUGAACUAAGAAGCCAAUUUAAACAUAUUUGUAAAAUCUAACUUAAAUUUCCCAUAGGAAAAUAUAACUAACUUUACAAUUACUAUUGAAAUAGAAGUUGAUAGAUCUAUUACAAAUGCAAGCUUAUUAAUAAAAUAUUUAAAUCCUUAAUUAUUUAAAAAUACUCAAAAUUAGUUUUAAGAAAUAAACUUUAUAGAGGUUAAAAUAACAGAUAUUGUAAUUAUUUCUUAAUCAGCACAAGCCUUAACAGCUUCAACUGUCAAUAGUUCUAAUUAUAUUAUUUAUUGCUUAUUAGCUUUAUUAGGAUGCGGAUUGAUACUAGGAGGUAUGGAUAUCUAUUUUAAUCUUAUAGAUACACUUUAAUACCUUUCUUACUUAUAUUAUAUUAAUACUGUAUUUCCAUUUAAUGUUAAUUAGUUUUUUGAAAAUCUGAAUUUUGCUCAAUUCACAAUAGUUUAAGAUUUUAUCAAAUUAGAUGACAUAUUUGAAUAUAAUUUUGAUUAUGAUUUAGAACUUCAUUCAUUGACAGUCCCAUUCAAAAUUAAAAAUUAAGGAAUGUAUUCAUGUUUCCUAUUAAAUUUUGCAUCUAUUUUCUCUGUGUUUUUAAUUGCCUUUACAUUUUACACAAUAGCUAUUUUUAUAAAAUACAAAAUUCUAUCCUCUGAAAAAUAAUAAUCUUUGAAAGAUUAAUAAUCUAAUUCUAAAUUUAAAAUGUAUUAUCUUAUACUUGGAGCAAAAUUACAGCAUUUUGCUUAUUAAUGGGCAAUAGUUAUAAUUAGAGAAUUCUUUUAUAGUGAUUUGUUAAGAAUAUUCAUGACAACAGCAAAUGAAUAUAGUUUUACAUUAGGAUUAGGUUUAAAAGGACUUGACUUUAGUACUAAAUUUGGUUCAAUUAAUUCAAUAACAACUUUUAUUUUUUUGGCUUUUUACAUCCUUAUUACAUUUAUUUCAUUUAAAAUUGUUGAUAAAAAAAGAUAUGCCUUAUAAUAAUUUUAAUAUUCUGUUAAAUUUGGAUCAGUUGUUUCAGGGUUAAAAAUAUCAAAAUAUUAAAAAUUGUAUAAUCCAUUACUAUUAAUAAAAAAGUUUCUUUUUAUGGCAUUUUUAAUUUAUCUCUAUGAUUAUCCUAUAAUAUAGGUAUUGCAAGUAACACUUUUGAGUUUGACUACAUUGAUUGCAUUGAUUACUUAUUAACCAAUCAAAGAAAGAUUAGAAUUAAUUAAAUAAAUAACUUGUGAAACUUCACAAUUUGUUACUUUAGUUUUUUUCACAUUUUUCUGUAUCAAUGAUCUUAUUAAAUUUUUGAAUGAAGAUUAAAAAUUAAUUAUUGGAUGGAUAGUCAUAUCUAAUGUUUUAACAGCAUUAUUUACUUAACUAGUAAUUAAUUCAAUUUAACAAUGGAGAUAUCUUUAUAUAAAAUAUGAAUUUAUUAGAAAAAUAGUUAAUAAAUGUGUCCUCCGUUGCUAAAAGAAAUAACUUCCCUAAGCUUCUCAUGAUGUAUUUUUAUGA